AUGAGGCAUGAAUUGGUUUCAGACACCAUCUGCUUUUAUUAUGGGCUCAUUGCCGCUUGCACAAGCCUGCUUCACAAUAUAUUUAUCGUCCAUCAUAUUGAUGCGUUUCUUACUGUAUUUGGUAUCUCAAAAUCUGCAUUUUGGAUUGGAGAACUUGUUUUUCUUAUAUGGAAUUCUUUAAAUGAUCCAUUAUUCGGCUGGCUAACUGAUCGCCAUUUGUUUAAUAAUAAGAACGUAAACACCGUUGCAUAUAGAUCCUGCAUAAUAAGUUUGACGGCUCCGGCAUUUGCUAUUGCCUUUCUUUUUACAUGGAAUCCAUGUAUGCUUCAGCAUCUUCCAGGAAUCAGAUUUGCACUGGUCAUUUGCUUUUAUGAUUCCGCAUUGACUAUGUUGGUUCUGCAACAUGAUGCACUUUUGGCCGAUCUCGCUAUCACUUCAAAGGACCGAAUACGAUUGGGUACAGCAGCUACAUUUGGACAAGCCUUAGCUGCUAGCGGAAUCAUGAUUGUCACUCCUUGGCGCGAAGGCUAUCCUGCAGCAGCUGGAAUUCUUCCAUUUACUUUCCGUUGCCUCUGUACCUUAAUGGCAGUACUUAGUUGUCUUGGGCUGUGGGUAGGCGCAACUAUGAUCGCCAAGUGUUUUCCUUAUCGAAAGGGAUUUACAGAAAAAGUAGAUUGGGAAGGCCAUUUAUGCAAAGACAACUUGUGA